AUGGCAAACAAUAAUGGUUUCGGUAAAUUUUCCAAAAAGUUAUCCAACUAUCUUAAUAAAGCAGUCAAUGAUACUUUAGCAGCAACAGUCCAGGCCAGAGCUCGUGCAGAGAGCCUUGAGGAAUUUUCGAAAUUUGUCAAGGCUCUAGGUGUGAAAAAUGACUCUCAAGCUGAGGAGAUAUAUCAGCUCGUUAAUAGAAAAAUAGAUAACGAAGAAAAUGGUGGUCUUUCUGAUGCUAGACUAUCUAAAGCGACUUUGUCUAAACCUGCUAGAAGCUCAGGUGUGAAACUCCAAUAUGAUGAUUUAAGUGACGAAGAUGAUAUAGUGAACGAUAGUUUUGCAAGAAAACCGAUAGGCAAUCAACCUUUAAUAGAUCUUAACGAGAAAAAGUCUAUUAUUGAAGAUAAUGAAACAACUCGACCAAAAUUUAAGAAAAUAAAACGGGAAACUGCUUUUAAAUUGAAACAAGUACAACCUCAACAGGUGUUGGAACCGAGAGAGAACUUAGGAAAAAAUGCAGAAGAAGAAAAAGCAAAAAAUGGACAAAACUCUAUUCAAACAACAACUUUGAAGGGAAAUAGAAUAUUAGACGACACUAGUCAUCAUGUGGAACUGAUAAACACGUCCGCUGGAAACAUGCGCAAAGGAUUAAAGUACAAUGGCGAUAAACCUAGUUAUACAAACGACUUUGAAAGAGGAAAUUCAACAAAGGAGAGACUGGAACAGCUGCCAUCUUUUGCAAAUGGACCUGGUUUUAGGAAUAGAACUGGUGCCGAAAGUGGAGGAUUUUUCAAUGCUCAAGGGCAAUAUGUCGACAACGAUCAUUUACCUGCUAAUGAUUUGAAUAGAAUAACCAUUUCUAACCAUGUAUUAAUACCACCGUUUUUGAAAAACGUGGAAGAACAUUUGACUUUGCAGAUCACAGGGACAAGUGUUAGAGGGGCUGGUCCAACAAUUAACCCUGUGAAGGACAUUAACUCGGAGCUUGCAUCGAUGGCCAAACAGGGGUCUUUAGCGGUGCAAAACCAAAGAUCGAAGCAAGAACGAGCAAAGCAGGCUAAAGAAAGCACAGGAACCGGGUCAAACAGUACCACUAGCCACAAAGAGCUUCGAGAUAUGGAGGCCAACCCAGAAACUGUUAGAGACGGAAAAAAUGCAAAAACUCGUGAAGGUGAUAGAGAAAAAGAGGAUGAUGAUGCUGAUGAUGAUGAUGAAAAAGUAGAUUAUGAAUCAAUUAUGGAGCAACGACGAAGCUUGCCUGCAUUUGCCGUGAAGGACGACGUUGUUGCUACAAUUAGAGACAACCAAGUUACAAUUAUUAUUGGUGAAACUGGUUCAGGUAAAACUACACAGUUGACUCAGUAUUUGUACGAAGCUGGUCUUGCGCACAAUGCUGACGAAGCAGGACAAGGAAGUGGUCUGGGGGUAGCGGGACAGGAGAAGAAAAUGAUUGCGUGUACCCAGCCAAGACGAGUUGCAGCAAUGUCGGUUGCCAAGAGGGUUAGUGAGGAGAUGGGAGUGAAGUUGGGAGCAGAAGUUGGUUACUCUGUACGUUUUGAUGACAAAACUAGCAACUCGACACUUAUUAAAUAUAUGACAGAAGGUAUUUUACUACGCGAGAUAUUGGCAGAUCCUUUACUUCUUGAUUACAGUUGCAUAAUCAUGGAUGAAGCGCAUGAAAGAUCUCUAAAUACAGACAUUUUAUUAGGCUUAUUCAAGGGACUUUUAGCAAGACGCAGAGAUUUGAAAUUAAUUGUAACUUCGGCUACUAUGAAUGCCGAUAGGUUUACAAGGUUUUUUGGCGCAGCACCUCAAUUUACAAUUCCUGGAAGGACUUUCCCUGUUGAUGUUUAUUUCAAUAGAAACGUGAGCAUGGACUAUGUGGAAAGUGCUGUAAAGCAAAUUCUUUCGAUACAUUUGGGCUCGAUGGCUGGAAAACUGGAAUUCGUGAAUGAUGGUGAUAUCCUUGUGUUUAUGACUGGUCAAGAAGAUAUAGAAAUUACAUGCGACAUACUUUGUGAAAAAUUAGCCAUGUUGGAAAACCCUCCACCACUCGAUGUUCUCCCCAUCUACUCAACAAUGCCUCCGGAGAUGCAAAAGAAAAUAUUCAGAAAGAAAAACCUUGCUAGAAGGAAAGUUGUAGUGGCAACAAAUAUUGCAGAGACUUCAUUAACGGUAGACGGAAUUAAGUAUGUAAUUGAUUGCGGGUUGGUUAAAGUUAAAGUGUAUAAUCCAAAGCUAGGAAUGGACACUUUGCAAGUCGUGCCAGUCUCCUUAGCUAACGCAGACCAGAGGAGUGGAAGAGCUGGAAGAACAAGUGCUGGUGUAGCAUAUCGAUUGUAUACUGAAAAUGCUACAAGUUCCAAAUGCAUGUACGCGCAGCCGAUUCCUGAGAUUCAAAGAACAAACUUGAGUAAUACCAUGCUUUUGUUGAAAUCACUCAAUGUUAAGGAUAUAAAUAACUUCCCCUUUUUAGAUCCACCACCUAAGGACUUGCUCAAUUGCUCGUUGUAUGACCUAUGGGCUAUUGAUGCUUUGGAUAAUUAUGGAGAGUUGACAAAACUUGGGCUUGAAAUGGUUCAAUUUCCUAUUGAGCCCACUUUGUCGAAAUUGAUUUUACUUUCUACCCAGCCUGAAUUUCAUUGCUCAGAGGAUAUAGUCACUAUUGUGGCGAUGUUGAGUGUUUCAAACAUUUUUUUCCGUUCAAAAGAAAGAGCAAAAGAAUCUGAUCUGGCAAGAGAGAAAUUUGUUGUUGCAGAUUCUGAUCAUUUGACAUUGCUUAAUGUUUACACUCAAUGGGAAGUAAAUGUCAAGAAAUUUGGCAAUAACUGGACCAAGCUAACCCAAUGGUGUGAGAAGAACUUUUUACAGCUCAAGUCAUUGCACAGGGCCAAAGAGAUCAGACGCCAGUUGGUACAGAUCAUGCACAAAAACAAAUUGCCGUUAUUGAAGUCUUACCAUGAUGACGAUGUGCGCAAAUGUUUGUGUGCUACUUUCUAUCAUCAAGCUGCAAAACUUAUCAAGACAAAUGUCAAUGGGUCUCCAGAGUUUAUUAAUUUGAGGCAUUCAUAUAUGAAGAUGUACUUGCACCCAACAAGUAGUUUAUUGGAUAGUAAUAUGGGUCUGAACUAUGUUGUAUAUCACGAGUUGGUAUUGACGUCAAAGGAGUAUAUGAACUACGUCACCUGCGUAGAGCCGACGUGGUUGUUGGAAUAUGGAUAUAAGUUUUAUGGAGUACCAGAAAACGUUAGGACCAAACUAAAGGGAGAAGAAUGUUUGGUACCAGGAGAUAAAUUCAAAGAACAGAUUGAAGAAGAUCUUGCACUGUAUGAGGAACGAGAAGCACAAAAAAGGGAUAUGAGCAAAACAAUCAAGAAGCAGAACAAUAAAAGCGGAAGUUUACUUUUCAAGAGAAGACGCUUUUAA